AAACCUGGAGAAGUCAGUCAGAGCGGUUAGAGAGGCGCAGAGAAGAAGGGAACUCCAGAUGUAAUGUCGCCUCAGCGGGUCGGUCUCUUUGUUUCCCACCAAAACUUCUAACUCACUGCCGCUACAGCGACCGGCCAAGAAGAGGAGGGUCCAGUUUUCGCAGGACUGAGCCCUGGAUAUUCGAGUCUAAGGGUCGAGGGGAUGAGAAACUAACGGAAAUGUAGGCUUGUCCGCAGGGUCGAGCUAAGUCAUGGGUUCGGAGGCGGUGGAGGACUGUGUACAGGGGGCGCUGUCCUCCCUCUAUCCCCCAUUUGAGAGCACUGCCCCUCCUCUGCUCUCCCAGGUCUUCUCGGUCUUGGAGUCCACUUACCAGCACGACAGUUUGAGGUAUUUGCUGGAUUUCUUCAUCCCGGCCAAACAUCUUCUGCACCGACUCCAGCAACAUGCCUGUUCUCAGUAUUUGGGCUGUCUGUUCCUGCAUUCUGGUUGGCCGCUGUGCUUGGGGGAGAAGGUGGUGGUUCAGCUCUCUACUCUUGACUGGAGGCUCUUGCGCAGUACUGACUUCUACCUGCAGGUGGUGCCAUUCUCCACACGUUGUCCCCGCCUGGCCCUUAAGUGCUUGGCCCCAGGUGGCCGCAACGUUCAGGAGGUCCUGGUGCCUGAGUCACAGCACCCCCUAGUGUUCACUGCUGAGUGGCUACACUGCAUCAACAAGGAGCGGGGCUGCAAAAGGGAAGGAGGUGGCUGUUUAGAUACCUGCCUGGUGAGUACCUGUGACGGCGUGGUGCGUAUCUCUUGGGACGAGGUGGUAUACCCGAAAUUGCUUCACAAUCCAUCUGACGCUUUAUCAAACCUGGAGCAUCCCUCUGCGGACUCCCCUGCCCCCAACUACCUCUCACCAACUACAGGGGGUCUGGGGUUAGGCUGGGGCUCUUCCUCAGGAGAGGCCGAUUCCUGGUCCUGGGACGAAGAGGACGACUUGCCUCCAGACGGGGGCGAGGCCGAGAUCGAGUCUGCUUUGGGGCGUCUGAGGCAAGACCAGCUGGCUGCCGACGGCUCCGGGGAUUACGUGGAGCUCCUGGAGCCCCGAGGAGGUCCAGACGGUGGCGCCGAUCCCAAGCAGCGCUACCUGGAGAUGCACGGGAUCUGCAAGACCAAAACACUUCCACUGUGCAGGAGGAGCAAGGCCAUCCGGCUGCGGAAAGGAAAGGUCUGGGGGUAUGGCAGGACUGAUGCUACUGGUAGGACUGGAAGCUUGGGAAGGAGAGACAGCAACAACAGUAGGGGGAGGACUGGAAGCUUGAUCAGGAGGGACAGCAACAACAGUGGGAAGGAGAGUGGCGGUACUCGCAGGGAUUGGGCCAAUUCUAGGCCCCUGCCUCAAGUCAUCGAUUUGGCUCGAGAACGGCGGCCGUGCCCUCCAUGCCUCCAGGACUCAGAUGAAGGCGGUACGGAUCCAGUUGGUCUGGAAAGCAGGGGACUUUAUUUGAAGGGUCCAGUCAAGGAGAGGAGGCCUGGGGUGGGGAAGGAGAGGGAAGGAGCUGUAAGCACAUUGCCCUGGGAGGAGAGUCACAAGGGGAGGGUCUCAAAUAGUAGACGGAGCUCUGGAGUUGAGGAGAUCAAUAAAGUUGACAUUCAUACAGCAGGUAAUGCUGGAGCGGACCAAUCAGAUCAAGAUCAGGGACUCCAAUCAGACUCUGUUUUCAAGGACAAUAAAUCACUGGCUGGCACUUUAGAUGGUGGACAUAAAGCUUCAGCAGAAUCUGCCAAUGCAGGGACCCAAAAGACUGACACGGCAGCUUCAGAUUCUAGGAGACCGUUGACCAACGGAUCUGAAACAAAGUUAAACCCACUUAAAGAUUCCUCUUGCAACAGGGAGUCAAACUCCACCUCCACCAAACUCCACAGCACAACCAAAGAAUCAGGAAACUCCAAAGAUGAAACGAGACGUUGUAAUGAACACAGGAAGCCAGAAGGAAAUCUUUCUCAACCAGGUACUGAUAGCGCCUCUGCCGAAAGGCGUGCUGGGAAGUCAGAGGAACGUGUGUGUCCCAGGGGAAAGGAAGUCAAAGUAGCUGGAUUUCGAGCACCCAGGAGGAAGAGGAAGGGUAAAGGGAAAGGAAAGGGCAAAUCCGGUGGCCGUGUCAACCAUAAAAGCAAGGGAGACUCCAGUCCUUCAAAAACCCAGAACAAAACCAACCAGGUGGUCACCACAUCAGACCCAACGGCAAAGCCAUCCCUUUCUAAGGAUACUCAUUCAGAGGAAACCAAUAAGCUGGAUCAAGACUCUGCGUUAACUAAUGGCAAAGAAGCAGAGCCUGAGUCUACUGACAAAAGUGGAGAAAAACUGGAAGGUCAACCAGAAAGCCUCAAAGAUGGUGAAACGCAACCAGGCACAUCUUUACCUGACCACUCUACAGAAGAAGAGGGGGCAUCAGUACCUUCUGACCAGUCCAAAGGACAAUCUUCUACUAAAGCUUCCCCUUUGCUUAGAGAUUUAGAUGUAGAUCUCCUCCAAUCAGGAAAGUUCAUACUGACAGGUACUGUGGACAGACUUGGACGAGGGCUGGUUAUUACAGAAACACACGCCCCUGAGGAGGGUCACCUUGUCAAUGACAUUGUGCAGCUGUUGUCCUGUUAUUACGCCAUUACCAGACCUGCAGCCAAAGAGAAAGGCUUGACUGUGCUGGUGGACAGCAGGCAGGCUCCUCCUUCUGAGCUCUGCAUCUCUGCCUUGAAGUUAUUCAAGGCUCAGGUACCAGCAGCCCUCGGCUCUGUUCUCAUUCUCACAAAAGAAGAGCAAGAGUCGGCCACGCCCAGCUUGGAUGGGAUAGAGGUACAUUCAGUGAGAGGUACUGGAGUCCUUCAGCAGUAUGUGGACAGGCAGCAGCUGACCAAAGGGUUGGAUGGAGACUUUGAGCACUCGCAUGCUGAUUGGCUGACCUUCAGACUGAGCCUGGAGCAGCUGACUGAACGCUGCGAGAGCGCCCUCUCUCUGCUGGGAGACGCACUGCAGUCUAUGGACACGGAACCGCUGCCUGAUUGUAUCAAGUCUGUGCCACUCAGUGUUGACAAACACAAGCAACUCAUGUCGAACGUUCUGGCUGACGAGCGGCUGACGGAGCUCCAGCGGAGGGGCGGGGCUUGGCUAGCUGGACUGGCUAAUGGAACAUCCGGGCUGGCUCAGAGGUCACCAGACUGCAGAGCUGCCUUGGCCACAACCUCCAACCUCUACGACAGCGUUGAUGAUGCGCUCCAUCGACUGGUGCGCGUUUCAAACCAGAGAGGUCACGACUUGGAAGCCCUUGGUAGACUGGCGACUCUAGUGGGAAAACUGGACAAGUGUGAGAAAGAGAUAGAGCGUGUGCAGGAGCAGCUGGAGGAGUAUAAAGACCCUCCUCUCUCUCUCAGCCGCCUCUCGCUCAAACAGCAGAAGUUCAAGAGCUUCAGGGAGUCUGCCAUGGAACUUCACAGCGAGACUCUAGUGGUGCUGGGAGAGGUCGAGAGUUGGUCCGAGCUGGACUGGUCGGGGCUGGGGGCGGUCCUGAACCGACUCCCACCGAUAAGAGAGAAAGUUAGAGAUAUGUCUCAUUGUCUGUCUGACUGCUGGACACAACUGGACAACACACAGAGACUACUGUCCACUCUUACGGAGGCGUCCCAGUGGUGCGACGUGGUCUCCUCCUCCUCACCCCUCUCCUCUCCAUCUUCUCCUCUCUCCUCGCUCCCCCCAAUUCCCCCGUCCCGAUUCCAGGACGCGCGGGCUCUGGCUAUGGAGCUGGGGGGCGGGGCUCUACUGGAGCUCUGGGCACAGACCCUGGAGCGCUACCAGCGGACGCUGGCCCACUUCAAGACCCGGGUGCUCCAGGCAGAGCGCGGCCCACCCGCUGCAGCUCAGGGCCAGGAGCCCGGCUCAGGCACGGCCAAGACCUCACGGCUCCCCAGCUCUGGGAGCUCCAGCCUGUGGGAACUGGAGGGAGAGGUAGAGGGAGACUGGGGCAAUGGAGGGGAGGGAGGCCUGCAGUCCUGGGGGUCACUCGCUUCAGUGUUCCGGCCACAGAACUGCUCCACACUGAAGAUCGGAGAGGAGAAGAAGAAGGAGGCAGCAGGGGGAACCGCAGGAGGAGGGAAGUUCCUGCAGAACCUUCUCAACCCAAGCAAGAAGAGUCCCACAGACGCUCCUCUCCCUCCCAAGCCUCCCCGUAAGCGCCACCCAAGCUUCGACCUGCAGGCUCUACUUGCACCGCGGCGAGCGGCUGCGACCGUGACCAAGCCAGCGGAGACUCCGCUGAGCUCAGGAAGCCGCGCGUCACCCCUGUCCUGGCUGGGCAGGAAAGCUGUAGCUGACCCCAUCCUCACUGCAGGGAUGGCAGCGGCUCUGCCAGGAUGGAAGGACACUGUUGGAGGAGGAGCGGGAGGAGGGGUGUUGAUCCGGGGAGUGGAGGUCAGCAGUAAGGAGGUAGCUGAUCAUACUGGACUGAGCAGACAACACGUGCUGCUCGGCAGGACAGAGAGAGAGAUGGGUGGGGAGAGGCCUGGUACUACUGCUCAGAGUAAGCUGUACCUGCAGUGGUGUAGGCUGGUGAGUUCUGAGAGGCAGUACGUGGCUCUUCUGAAGGCCGUAGAGGAGAACUACCUCCCACUGCUGGACAGCACGGACGCACCGCCCUCUCUGAGAGGGAAAGCAGAGUCGCUCUUCUCGAACUGGAGCAGCCUCGCGGCCUUCCACUCGCAGUCGCUCCUCCCUGCCAUGGAGGGCGCUCUUUCCCAGACGCUACAACAAACCGACUGCUUCAACAAAUUCAGGGAUCAGUUCCUGCAGUACUCCCAUUACAUCCGUACGAAGCCCGAGCUGGACUCCCUGCUGGUCAGCCAAGCUGCUGACUUCUUCAAGGCGAAGCUGUUCUUCUCCCCUGCUCUCGCCACCGUUUCCUUUCCUCAGUGCCUGUCGGCUCCCACUCAGAGGCUGCAGCACUACUGCGAGAUCCUCGAGGAACUGGGCGGUUUAAACCCCGCCCCCGACUCCGCCCUCUCCGUUCUCAGACACACCCAGCGCCACGGAGAAGACCUGCGGGCCAGCGACCUCAUCACGGGCUGUCCGGUGCCUGUGGCGGAGCGUGGGGAGCUGGUACGACAGGGCGAGCUGUGCGUGUGUGUGUGCGUAGGCGGCCGGAGGAAGAAGACCGGCAUGAGGAACGUGUUCCUUUACCAGCAUUGCGUCAUUUUUACCAAACACAAAACUCCCAGCCCUGGACGCAGUGUGUACAGCUUUAAACACUGCAUAAAGACAGGAGAGAUGGGUCUGACCCAGAGUGUCGGCGAGGAAGGUCUGAGGUUUGAGGUGUGGGUGAGACAGGCGUCUCGUACCAAAGACUGUCUCACCCUGCAGGCCGCUUCUCCAGAAGACAGAGAAGCCUGGACCCACGACAUCGCCCAGCUCCUGUGGACACACGCCAUCCAUAACACAGAGUUGUGCCUGAAGGAAUCUCUGUGUAUGGGAGUGUCCAGCAAGCUGCUGUUGGAUGUGGCAGGCACUCAGGCCUCCGAGCUGGACUCCAGUUUCAGCCUGAAUGACAGAGUUCAGAGUAGCUGUUCAGACUCCUCCUCGGUGGGCAGUCAGAAAGAAGGAGGUUCUCCGGCUGUUGCUAGAGACCCGAAGAAAAGCUCAGCACAGACUGGCCAGGCACAGAACUCAUCGCCGUCCACGUCCGUGUGAACAUCAUCUCAACCACAAACAAUCAAAAGCAAUGGACUUUCACUGGAUACAGGAACAACUGGAUAAACACUAAAUUAAAAGAGACUGGACAAUGACUCAGCAACAACACAGCACGAUACAGUAUAUCAAGGUUUGGAGGCCAUGACACAUUCCACACUCGGCUCUGCCGCUGUCCGUCGCUGUGUUGGCAACUGAUUUCCAGGUACUGGGGCGUUCAGCAGUGUUUCAGGCUUUCGGACACUGCCGGCUCUAAUGGACUAGCUGCUUAAAGUGGCGUGCCAAGACUCACACUCACGGUUCAAAAGAUAAUAUUAUGCCAUCCAUAACUUUGUAUGAGGGGCAUAUGAGACCCUUCUUUUGUCUUUCCUUUCCUUAAUCGAAAACAUGUAGACAUUACACCAACUAAUUAUAGGCCUAAAGUUAUCCUGCUGUACACAUGACUUGCUGUUGUCUCUUGAUGGCUAUUUUUAGACUUUAUUCACACACACACACUGGCUAUAUUGGUACCAACUCAAAGACGCCGACCGCUAUUCACCGUCUGCUGAUACAACAAGGAGCGUAAAGUUUCCAAAUAGCAGUUUGCUUUUUUUUUAAAAGGGAUGAAAAGUUCAUCUGCACAGAAUCUGUAAAGAUCAGUUCAAAAGUCGCAGCUGGGACAAACUCCAGUGUGCUGCGUAGCCAGAUCAUUGCAGCUAUUGACUCUUCGGGCUUUUCCUUUGCAGAUAUUUUUCGCCGUAUUAAAGAAAUGGUGCUUUUGAGUGGAGCAGUCCAGAGCAGAGCAUGUGACAUAUGCAUUUCAAUGAAAUAAGGGUUUGUUUUGAGGAUCUGUGUCUAUGCAAGCAGACUGAAACACGAUCAGCGCUUAAGGCACUAAAGCUGUAUAAAGCUAAGCGUAUGUCAUUUUACAUUAUCAAAAAAAAAAAAAAACCUCA